UCUUCAUUAUAAACACAUCUAUAAAUUCUGGGGACACUUUUCCAGCUGAAAUCACAGAGGGAGGCAAUCAAAAUGUGUAGUUGCAGAAGAUGGAGAAAGACACCGUCAGCUAUCAGACGUCUGCUGGAGCUGACCAUGAGGAAACUGAUGGCAACCGUAUUUGUGGAUUGAGUAGCAAACAAAGAAACAAGAUUAGUGGGACACAGCUCUCGGCAGCAGAACAUGAAACAAUGGAGGCGUCUCUUGGUGCAAACUCUUUUAAUCAAGGGAUAUGGGAGCCGUAUGUAGAUAAACCUCCUCAAUUUCAGGAAGCAGGUGAGACCCUCCCCAAAGAUUUCCAGGUAAAAGAAGGCUUAUCACAUAACCAAGAAGAAUCGUGCAGAGAUCACUCAGAAGAUUGCAGGGGUAUAGAAUCCUUUGGCCGAAAAGAUCAAACAUUUGAAACAGACAUAGAGAGCAAAGAUGAGCACCUGGGUUGGCUAGACACAAGGAGAAGCGAGGAGACCUCUGAAAUAGCAUCAUACGAAGAUAAAACUUGCUCAAUGCGGGAUGGGAGUAAGUUCCACCCAACAGAGGAAAUGGACGGGGAUCAUCCUAGAGAAACCCAGGAAAAAGAAGAGAGCAAAGACAUGUCUGUUUUGGAGCCUGGCAGUCCCAACCAAGCUUUGCAAGAGUUUAAGAGUGCAUUGAAUGAGAGUCCCUUGUUAAGCAACUGGACCUGGGACAGCAGUGAACUCAGGGCUACCUCUUGCCAUGCACUUCUGAAGUCUAGGGAGGAACAAUGUCAAUGUAUCGAAAUUCUUCCCCCUCAUUUAGGAGACAUUGACCAGAAAGUUCCCAAUGUGCACAUGCAUGGAUCAGGGCAAGGAGGAAAGCCCCAACUGGGUUACAAUUCUGCUGGGUUGGAGAAACAGCCAUCAAAAGGGGAUGAUUUGGAGCAGGCCGUUGGGAGUCAACGGACCCCUUUUCCAAAGGUGGUCAAAGCUCCACCUACUAACUUUGAGCCCACAUCUGAAAAAGAAUCCAGAAGAGAUUCCAGUGGGAAGAAAUUGGGCAGUGACGAUUUUCUUCACUUCUCCUCUGAGAUAGAGCACAUCGAGGAACAGAUGGCAAGGGACAAUGUCCACUUUGUCAGAUUUGAAACCAUAGAUAUCCACGGUGUAUCAAGAUCCAAGAGCAUCCCUUCUCGGUUUUUCCGGACCAAAGCAAUCCAUGGGGUUGCCAUGCCAAAAGGCUACCUUGAGCUGACCCUGAAUCUGAGGGACCGUGAGCCAGGCCAUGUUCCUACAAGCAGUUUUAACUGUGACAUUAUCCUGAGACCCGAUUUAUCAACAUUCCGGAUUUUGCCAUGGGCAGAACAAACAGCAAGAGUGAUCUGUGAUCCCUUUAUGGUGAUGGGUAAUCCUCUCUUGACCUCACCCCGGCAUAUUGCCAAGCAGCAGUUGAGCCAGCUCCGGGAUAACGGUUUUGCGCUGUAUUCAGCCUUCACUUACGAAUUCUGCGUCUACGGCAUCGCUGAAAUUGUCAAUUCAAAGACCAUCUCUUUUCCCGCUGCCACCCUACUCAGCAAUCAUGAUCAGUCCUUCAUCCAGGAACUCAUGGAUGGCAUGUAUCACGCUGGGGCAAACAUUGAAAGCUUCUCAUCCUCCGCUGGGCCUGGCCAGAUGGAGAUCUCUUUUCACCCAGAGUUUGGCCUGGGUGCAGCAGACAGUGCCUUCACUUUUCGGACAGGCAUUAAAGAAGUAGCCAAAAAGUACAAUUAUAUUGCCAGUUUUUUCACUGAAGAUGGAUCCUAUAAUUCUGGUAUUCUGACCCAUAGCCUUUGGGACAGCAGCAGACGGUAUAAUUUGUUUGCUUUGGGUUCUGGAGUCCCAGAGCUGACUGAAAUAGGGAAGAAUUGGCUGGCUGGGCUACUGAUGCAUUCUGCAGCUCUCAGCUGCCUGAUGGCCCCCACUGUCACCUGCCGCAAAUGCUACAGUGGGUGUAGCAAAGGCUCCAAAGAGGCUGUGAUUGCCAAGGGAGCAUGGAAUGACAACAGCUGUGCAUUUAACAUCCAAAAUCAUAGUGAUAAGGGGACCUGGAUAGAAAAUCAGCUGGGCUCAGCCACAGCCAACCCUUACUUGGUACUCUCGGCUACGAUUGCCGCAGGUCUGGAUGGGGUAAAGAAAAAGCUCAUGUUCCAGGAGGCCUCAGGGAAGAUCCAGAGCUCCACUCUGACGAAAGCAGGCUUGAUCCCUCUGAAGCUGGAAGAUGCUCUUGUGGCUCUCCAAGAAGAUGAGUGCAUCAGGGAAGCACUGGGGGAUUAUUUUGUCCAGUACUUUGUCAACAUAAAGCAAUAUGAGGUGGAAACUGAGGAAAUGGAUGCAGAAAGGAAUAAGUUUUUGGAAUAUUUUAUCUAGUGUGAAGAUGAGAUUGGAGUGUUAAUAGAAGCUAAGCAAUGCAGCUGUGGAUCAGGAAGUCUCUAGAUCACAUUUCUUUCAUAAGUGAUCUUUUUAAGUGACUUUAAGGAACUCUGUCUUUUUCUUUCUUUUUCUUAUAAACUGCAGUACACCUAAUAAAGUUGCAGGUAGCAAUGAACUGAUUUACUGUAAAUGGUAUUACAAAAAUCUUGAGAUCAUAGUGUACAUUAAGUUUUAGUAGAAUAUUAGUUUCCUAUAGCCUUUUAUUUGAAUAUAGGUUAUUUUGCAUGAAACUGUUUUUCCUGGAGACUCCAGAUCACGGGUAGCAAACUCUCCACCUUACGUGACGUGUGGCGAUGUAUCAUGACUUGUUUUGCAUUGCCGGAGCUGGGUGGGUGUGGCCUCAGCAUGAUGCAACCGGCCUGUGGGCCAGCAGUUUGAUACCUCUGCUCCAGAUCAAUCUACAAGUCCUUUUGUUAUAUAGAUUUCAGCUGCAAUCAGCUUCUUGUUUUCCUCUGAUUAAUUUCAAAUUGGGAGGGAGAGAAUAUUACCUUACAGCAUGCCAUGAAAAGAGACUAAUCUAUUUCCUCUCUCAAAUAAUCAAAGCAAACCUUUCUCCCUGGCUAGGAAAUAAGGCUCCGUAGUUGUUUUUUUUUUAAAUAUUUGGUUGGUCACAUAGUCAGCCAAAUGUUUAGACUGAAUCUGGCAUUUGUGACCACUUUAUUGAGUCCUGGGAUAGAUAGAGGCUGUUGUUCUUUUAUGGUGUUACAGUUAUAGUUGCAGGAUGUAAGCUGUUCUGAAUAAAGCUGCCUUUUGCAAUUGACUGAAAAGGAUUUUGUCAAUGCCGAUAGUGUUCAAAUGGUGCUUCAGUAGUUUUGGGUUUGCACCCAAGGUUCCUAUUACUAUUGGUAGUAUCCAGUGGUGGGAUUCAGCCAGUUUGCACUAUUUCGGCAGAACUGGUAGCUAAUUUUUUGUUGCCCAGGCUCAGAAUAGACUUCUGGA